UCUGGGGGUUGUGACGUUGGUGCCAGCGAGGUGGGUGACGCCACCCUCCAGCCCGGAGCAGACCCUUCUGAAGCCCACGGGUUGGCUGGGGGCCCCACGGGGACACUGGCCAUCGGUGAGCUGAGGGUUUGGGGGGCAUAAACGUUGGCCGCUAUGGUAAUGGCCGUCCUGUCCUCAUUCCCCCAGAGUUUCUGGGGUGCGCUCUGCCUCCGUGGGGCUCAGAACCUGCUGGAGGGUGAGAGGCCCCGCCCCCCCUUGGCCAUUGUGAUGGGGAGUCUGUUGCUAUGGUGACCAGAGGCCUCCCGGGGGUGCCUCCCACAGACGCUGAGACUGUGAGGUGGAGGAGACCAGGAGGGACCUUUCCAGGGGUGCAGAGUGUGGACCCCCCUCCGGCUCUCAGAAAAUGACCAAGGGAAGACGUUUCAAACCACCGGUGGACAAGGACGGGAACUGGUUCCUUCCCGAUGGGCCCCCACCGGCGACCCCCGAAUCUGUCACCAGGGCCAUGCUCAAGGAGGGCUCCUCGCCCUUCUGGUAUCAGCAAGUGGACUGCAAGCUGCCGUCCAUCUACAAAGCCCGGGAAAAGCGAGCCGUGAACAACAACUUCCCCUUCUCUGACCAUGACAAUCGGCAUCAGUUCCAGGACUACGGACACUACCUGGACUUGGGCCUGGGACGUAAGAAGAUCUCCCCAGAAAAAACGCAACAGGUAUCGAAGAAUUUCAACCUCUGGGCUAGUGACUAUGUCCCGUCCCACCUGGACAGCUUCUCCAACAACCAGAUAUCGUACGGCUACAAGGAGACCCCAGUGGUCCUGACACACCGGCGCUUCCCAAGAGGUUACAGUGAGAAAUGGAGCGUCUAUAAGAGCAUUCUAGAGCAAAGGGAGAACUUUUUACAAGGACCCCGAAAGUAAAGUUUGCUCUUGACAAAAAGCUCAUUUCUCUUAUGAGAUCCAGAAGCUUCAUGUUAGACUUUGGAGAUGCAAAAAUAAGAAUUGUAUGUGAAGAUCAGGACAUGUUAAGGUGGUGUGUUUGA